AUGUUAGGCAAAGAAUUAGAAAUUGAAUUAUUUUUAAAUAGUAACAGUAUAAAUAUUUUAUGUAUUACAGAACAUUGGUUGAAAGAAUACAACUCCAUAUUUAAUUUCAGUAAUCACCAGGUGGUCAGUUCGUUCAAUAGAGAUACUAAAUUACGUGGUGGCUCCUUAAUAUUAGCUAAUAAGUCCUUAUCAUGUAAAGAACGUAAAGACAUUGUGAGCCUCUCUGUUGAGCGUACUGUAGAAAUGGCAUGUGUUGAGCUUGAGCACCUUAUUGUUGUCAGUGUUUACAGACCCCCAUGUUCAAGUUAUGAUACUUUUGAAAAAAUUAUGGAAGAAGUUUUAGUUAAGCUUAAUAAACAGAAUAAAUCUCUUGUAGUGUGUGGAGACUUUAAUAUCAAUCUCCUGGAAACUUCUUCCAUCAGUAUUAAAUUCUGUUCUUUGUUCAAAUCCUAUAAUCUUAAUAAUUUAUUCUUUGAAGCUACACGUAUUGCAGGGUGUAGUGCAACUUGUAUUGAUAAUAUUUUUACAGGUGUUGUACCAAUCAACAAAUCAAUAAUUCAAAAACUUAGUUCAGAUCACUGUGGACAACUGGUUUCGUUACCUUAUAUGCACAAAAAACAGGUAAAUGAGAAAAUUGUGUUUGUUCCUAUUAAUGCAAAACGCCUGGAGAGAUUUAGAAGUAAUAUGUUAAAAAUCCUUCCAUCCCUUUCUUAUAAGAACAAUGCAGACUAUUUAUAUAGAGAAUUAUUUACCUUUAUAAACAAUGAAUUUAAUAAAACAUUCACUUCUAAAACAUUCUCCAGAAACAGUCGCAAGGCAUUUAAUGAGUGGGCGACAGUAGGAAUUUAUAAAAGCAGACGAAGGUUAUAUGACCUUUAUCAUGAAAGAUCGUAUAAUCUUUCCGAUGCUUUUAAAGAAUAUGUAAAAAAUUAUUCUAAAAUGUUUAAAAGAGUUUGCUCCACAGCCAAAUCAUUACAUAUUAGUAACAAAAUUAAGGCAGCUAAGAAUAAAAUUAAAAUGACGUGGAGUAUAAUUAACAGCGAAACCGGUAAUGAGAAACCUCGUAAUUCAAACUAUCAAUUAAAAAUUAAUAAUGAAUUGACUAAAUCAAAUCAAGAAGUUGCAGCGGUGUUUGAGAAAUAUUUCACUGAUGUUCCUAUCUUGACAACAGAGUCAUUGAAUGCUUCUCCAACUGUCGCCGAAUCAUUACUUAAACAGAAUGUUAAUACCUGUUUAAAAGAAUUUAGAUUUGAAAAAGUAUUACCGCAUAAUAUUGUAAAAUACUUCAAAACCAUUGAUGUAAAGAAAACCGCAGAUUUGUGGGGGAUUUCCGUUACAGUGAUUACGUCCAUAAUAGAUUUAAUUGCACCUCAUCUUGCUAUUAUUUUUAAUACUUGUAUCGAUUCUGGUGUGUUUCCUGAUUUAAUGAAGUAUAGUAAAGUAAUACCUUUAUUUAAAUCUGGUAGUACAUUGGACCCCGCUAAUUAUAGACCUAUUUCUGUACUACCAACUCUCAGUAAAAUUUUUGAAAAAAUAAUUUUGGAUCAAUUGUUAAUUUUUUUUAAUACAAAUAAAUUACUUCAUAAAAAUCAAUUUGGUUUUACAAGGGGUCGCUCGACGUCUGACGCCGGUGUUGAGCUUAUGAAAUAUAUUUUUAAUGCCUGGGAGAAUUCACAAGAUGCCUUAGGUAUUUUCUGUGACCUUUCCAAGGCUUUCGAUUGUGUUCAUCAUGAUACAUUAAUCAGGAAACUACAACAUUACGGUGUAAAAAAUUUGGCGCUUAAACUUAUUACUUCAUAUUUAAGUAACAGAACUCAAAAAGUCGUCAUUAAUGGUAAAUGUUCCUCCGGAUCGGUAGUAUCAAUGGGCGUUCCUCAGGGCUCGAUUCUUGGCCCAUUCCUGUUCUUAAUCUAUAUUAAUGACUUACCUUAUCUUGUAGGGGACAAUCACGAUAUAGUAUUAUUUGCUGACGAUACCUCUUUAAUUUUCAAACUGAAACGGCAGUCAAUUAAAUAUGACGAUGUAAAUAAUGCUCUAUCGAAACUAGUACAUUGGUUUAACGCCAACAAUUUGCUCUUAAACGGCAAUAAGACAAAAUGUAUUAAAUUUACAAUACCUAAUGUAAAACAUUCGAAAACCAAUGUGCUCUUAAAUGGGGAGGAGUUGAGUCUUGUGGAUACCACUGUUUUUCUCGGUAUUACUAUUGACGCGAAACUUCAAUGGGGCCCCCAUAUAUCUAAAUUAGCAAGCAGACUUAGUUCUGCAGCAUAUGCUGUAAGAAAGAUUAGAAGUCUCACAGAUGUUGAGACAGCUAGGUUAGUGUAUUUUAGUUACUUUCAUAGCGUAAUGUCUUAUGGAAUUUUGCUAUGGGGUAAUGCGACUGAUAUUGAAGCUAUAUUUGUUUUGCAAAAGAGAGCCGUACGGGCGAUUUAUAAUCUAAAUUGUAAAGAGUCCCUUAGAGAAAAAUUUAAAGAAAUAAACAUAUUAACUUUGGCAUCGCAAUAUAUUUAUGAAAAUGUAAUGUAUGUACAUAAAAACAUAAAUAGCUUUAAUAAGAAUAAGGAUGUUCAUACCUUAAACACUAGGAACAAACAUAAGCUUGUAAUGCCACUUACAAGACUCCACAGAAUUAGUAAUUCAUUUAUGGGGCAAUGUAUACACUUUUACAACAGAAUCCCAGAACAUGUUCAAAGUUUGUCAAUAAACAAGUUUAAAAGUUUUAUUAAAGAAAAACUGUACAAAAAGGGUUAUUAUAAUAUCAAGGAAUACAUGAGUGAAAAUAACCCCUGGGAAUAA